ACGAUUUGACGCUUUUUUAUUACCAGAUUAUAUUUUUAUAAACAAUUAUAGACUGACAAAAGAUUUAGUAAGAUAUGUCAUAAACAUAUUAACUCCUCAUAUGACAGAAGCAACAAGGACAUCUGCCUUAAAUAUACAGACUAAAGUAUUCAUAGCUUUGAAUUUCUUUGCAACUGGCUCCUACCAACUUCCCGUUGGGAACAGUAAUUUAGCGAUUGUUUCCCAGCCAACUGUUUCAAGAGCGAUAGAUGAAGUAGUUAAUGCUUUGAAUCAACCUGAAAUUUUCAAAUAUUGGGUAAAAUACCCAUCAACAUUAAUAGAACUACGACAAACAAGAGAAAAAUUUAAUACAAAAUACAAUUUUCCUGGAAUAGUGGGAAUUAUAGAUUGUACACAUAUUGGAAUAUUUCCUCCCAAAACCGAUGAUCCUGUUUAUCCUGAGUACAUUUAUGUAAAUAGGAAGAACUAUCAUAGCAUAAAUGUUCAGCUAGUCUGUGAUUCCGACAUGAAAAUAAUAAAUGUUUCAGCAUUAUUUCCUGGGAGUGUAAAUGAUGCUUAUAUAUGGAACAACUCUCUACUUGAACCUACACUCAGGAGAAUAUAUAAUCAUAAUCCUGAAGGAUUUUAUCUUUUAGGAGAUUCCGGCUAUCCUUUGAGGCCUUGGCUAAUGACGCCCUUAAUGCAAUAUCAACCAAAUACUCCUGAAGAAAGAUACAAUCGUAGAUUCAAACAUGUUAGAAGCUUGAUGAAAGAUAAUAAUGUACAAUUUCAAAAUGAUGAAGAUGGUAAUGUGGAAGAAAUUGACUUAGGAAUAUUUGGAGUCGAUGACAAUGAAAGACAAGAUAUACAAGGCUUAAAUGAAGAUUUAGUAGCUGGUAGAAGGAUGCAGCACCGUGUUAUAAGAUACUUUGCUUAG